UACUUAAAUGAAUAGGCUAUAUCAAAACAUUGUGUCAAUACCCAUGUGUUUUUUUCCCUUAUCUAAAUUUUAAAAAGAACUUCUGGUAUUGUGAACAAUGUGAUGAUGAAUCGUAUUUGAUUUUAAAGUGUGUAUGUGUUUAUUCUACAAUGGCGGGUAUGAUAUCAUUCGAUGAGAUUGAUGGUUAUACUGUCGAUGUUUCUCCCAACGAGAGAAAAUACAUGUGCUGCAUUUGCGAUUCGUUCAUUUUGAUAUCCCCUGUACAUUUGAACCCCAGUAUGGGGUUCAUUUGUGGCUUUUGUUGGCAGUACAAACACCGAUUCGUAAAAGAGAAUGAUAUAAUUCUGCCACAACCACUAUAUGAAGAAUUCGCAUUGUCCAUUUUAUUCCCUUGCAAGUACUGUGAGUAUUACACUUUUUUCGACUCACCAGCGACCAAACAUGAAAUUCAAUGCGCAAACAGAAUAUUCGAGUGUCCAUUGUCCAAACUGAAUAAGUGGAUAUUGCCAACAAUGGAAUAUUGCAAUUGGCAAGAUACUGAUGGUUUAUCUAUGGUAGCACAUAUAAAGGAAAAACAUGAAGAAUUCAUUCUACGCAGUCCUUUCGAAAUGAGCUACCAAGAUAUAAAAAACAGUGAAGAAGAGAGACGUCUAUAUAUCGCAAUACUUUCUAACAGGAGUAUCAUAGCUAUCUCCUCUGAAUAUGACAAAGAACAAAAUCAACUCAUUUUCCGGUGCAGAUCGAAUAAAACAGGAUAUGCAGAACUGAAUUAUCAGUGUAGAGUUGAAUUCAGUACAUCUCAUUCAAAGGUUACUGAUUUUGUUCUGGUCAAAGUACUUCCUUUAGGAGCGAAAAUUCUGGAGACAACUGAAGAUUAUUUUUCUGUAUGGCUCGAUUUCUUGGAUGACAGUUCUAAGUUUCGCUUUUAUUUUGAACCCUCACUGGAACCUGGUCAACUCAACGAAUUUUAUUUAGAAGACUAUUAUUAUUGAGCCUGAAAAUCGAAUUGUUUAAAGUUGUUUCAUUAUAUUUUUUAGUAUAACUCUUCCUUUUUUGAAUAUUAUUGCUCGGAAAAUAACUUAUUGGAAAUUAUUUAGUCUCUUUUUGGUUUCUCAAAUGAACUUUACAACGCUCUGUUAAUCCAAAACCAAGCCUUUUUUGACCUAUAUUUUAUCCAAACAAAUAAAGUUAUUUUUUUAUUUUGAA